AAGAGGGGAAGAUGGAGAACAGGGAGUGACCGCCUUUGUCUUUAGACAGGUGGCCAUGGCCUCCCUGACUACGCGGGGCCCCGCAGUCCCUGCCUUACUCCCUGGGGCACGGUCCGCGGCCACAACUCUGGCCAACAGGAGUGCAGAGGCGUCGUCGGCUGGCAAUGCGUCGGAGGCGGCAGGCGUGGUUGCCCAGGCCAUCACGCCCUUCCAGAGCCUGCAGCUGGUACAUCAGCUGAAGGGGCUGAUCGUGCUGCUCUACAGCGUCGUGGUGGUCGUGGGUCUGGUGGGCAACUGCCUGUUGGUGCUGGUGAUCGCACGCGUGCGCCGCCUGCACAACGUAACCAAUUUCCUCAUCGGCAAUCUGGCCCUGUCCGACGUGCUCAUGUGCACCGCCUGCGUGCCGCUCACGCUGGCCUAUGCCUUCGAGCCCCGCGGCUGGGUGUUCGGCGGCGGCCUGUGCCACCUGGUUUUCUUCCUGCAGCCCGUCACGGUCUACGUAUCCGUGUUCACGCUCACCACCAUCGCCGUGGACCGCUACGUCGUGCUGGUGCAUCCGCUGCGCCGCCGCAUCUCGCUGCGCCUGAGCGCAUACGCGGUGCUGGCCAUCUGGGCACUGUCCGCGGUGCUGGCGCUCCCCGCCGCCGUGCACACCUACCACGUGGAGCUCGAGCCGCACGACGUGCGCCUCUGCGAGGAGUUCUGGGGCGCGCAGGAGCGCCAGCGCCAACUCUACGCCUGGGGACUGCUUCUCGUCACCUACCUGCUCCCCCUGCUAGUCAUCCUCCUGUCCUACGUGCGGGUGUCGGUGAAGCUUCGCAACCGCGUGGUGCCAGGCUGCGUGACCCAGAGCCAGGCCGACUGGGACCGCGCGCGCCGCCGCCGCACCUUCUGCCUGCUGGUGAUGGUCGUGGUGGUGUUCGCCGUGUGCUGGUUGCCGCUGCACGUCUUCAACCUGCUGCGGGACCUGGACCCGCGCGCCAUCGACCCCUACGCCUUCGGGCUGGUGCAGCUGCUCUGCCACUGGCUGGCCAUGAGCUCGGCCUGCUACAACCCCUUCAUCUACGCCUGGCUGCAUGACAGCUUCCGCGAGGAGCUGCGGAAGCUGCUGCUCGCCUGGCCCCGCAGGAUCGCGCCGCACGGCCAGAGCACCACGGUCAGCGUGGUCAUCUGAUG